GCCCCGCCCCCGCCACCCCGUCAGGUGACCGCGGGUCCUGGUGCUGAGCGGAGCGGGAGCCGCUGCCAUGCCGGGGCUGCUGCUGGGAGACGAGGCGCCUAACUUCGAGGCCGACACUACGCAGGGCCGCAUCCGCUUCCACGACUUCCUGGGAGACUCAUGGGGCAUCCUCUUCUCCCACCCAAGGGACUUCACGCCUGUCUGCACGACAGAGCUUGGCCGGGCAGCAAAGCUGGCAGCUGAGUUCAGCAAGCGCAACGUGAAGAUGAUCGCCCUCUCCAUCGACAGCGUCCAAGACCACCUUGGCUGGAGCAAGGAUAUCAACGCAUACAAUGGAGAACAGCCUGAGGAGAAACUCCCCUUCCCCAUCAUUGCUGAUGCGAACCGGGAGCUCGCCGUCAAGCUGGGCAUGCUGGAUCCAGAUGAGCGGGACAAGGACGGCAUGCCCCUGACAGCACGUGUGGUGUUCAUUUUUGGCCCAGAUAAGAAACUGAAACUCUCCAUCCUGUACCCAGCCACCACUGGGAGAAACUUUGAUGAGAUCUUGAGAGUAGUGGACUCCCUGCAGCUGACGGCGUACAAGAAGGUCGCUACCCCUGUGGACUGGAAGCCUGGCGACAGUGUCAUGGUCGUGCCCACCUUACCUGAUGAGGAAGCAAAGAAGCUCUUUCCCAAAGGAGUUUUCACGAAGGACCUCCCGUCAGGCAAGAAAUACCUGCGUUACACCCCACAUCCGGAGUGAGUGGGCCUAACCAUCUGCCCCACCAGGCUGCAGGGCGUUUGGCAUCGGGAGCCUUCCCUGUGCCUAGCUCCUGCUUCCCUGAUGCCAGGCAAUCAGCAGCUUUGUACUGUUACGCUCACUGAUGGCACAUCACAGUACUAAACCAAUCCUCCUGCCCCCCACAUCUCCUCAAAACUAAAACCUCAGAUGUUUUCUUGCCUUGAAUCAGCCCCACAAGGAAGAGGUCAGCAGAGCAGUGGAGGCUCUCCUGUUCAGCACCAGGCAAGCUGUUCCUGGAGGCACGGUGAGGAGCAGGGUGUCCUGCUGGGCUCACUCACCUCCCAUCAGGGAGCUCUGGGGGUCCAAACUGCUGCGUGCAGCCGUCACUAACACAUUAACGCCUUUGUUCCCAUGUGUAGAGGAGCAGAUGCAGAGCCAAAUCUCUCACUUAACUGCUUUCUCAUCUCUUGCUGGAAGUUGAUUGAUCUGGGGUUUUAUGGAAGAGAGAAUAGAGCAAAUAAACAGAUCUUCAGUAUGA